UGCACUUUUAGAAUUACCGACUAAGGGUCCCUCUAGUGCUGUGGAAGCAUCUUGGAACGUCGAAAAUUCUCCAUCAUGCGUGUGUCCGUCUACCUGAGGAUCAGCGUCGUUUGAAAAAAAAAAAAAAAGGUGGGGGGAAAAAAAGGAGCUGUUACGAAAAUCCAGACGCGAAGAGACGAUAACAAUAACGGAGCCCGCAGACAUGGCAGGCACCCAGACCAGUUUGAAGAGCCCCUUCAAAGGCCUGAACUCCUUCAAGGGCGGCAUGAAGCGUCUGUACCGUGAACGUCUGGAGGACGCGCCCAUCAAGAAGCGAGUGAUGGCCGAGAUCAACCUGAAGCGCCACGGCCUGGAGUCCUUCCACAAGGCGGCCAAGGUGAAGCGGGAGCACGUGGAGGAGGCGCACCACCGCGACACGGACGCCGAGCUCCACGCGGCCGCCUCGGCUAAGGCGCUGGACCUGAGCCCGGGGCUCAAACACACGCUGGCCCAGUUCACGCUGAGCAGCCAGAGCUCUCUGGGAGGCCCCGCCGCCUUCUCGGCGCGCACCGGCCACGAGCGUUCCCACGCCGGCAUGCCCCCGCUGCCCUCCCCUCCCGUCUUGGGAGGCGGCCCCCUGCUGGUCCCCUGCGACAGCUCCACCGAGCUCACCCACUCGCUGCUGGAGGGCGAGUCCAUCUCCUGCUUCGUGGUAGGCGGCGAGAAGCGGCUGUGCCUGCCCCAGGUGCUCAACUCGGUGUUGCGCGACUUUUCGCUGCAGCAGAUCAACACGGUGUGCGACGAGCUCUACGUGUACUGCUCGCGCUGCGAUGCCGAGCAGCUGCACAUCCUCAAGGUCUUGGGCAUCCUGCCCUUCAACGCGCCCUCCUGCGGCCUGAUCACGCUGACGGACGCGCAGCGGCUCUGCAACGCGCUGCUGCGCCCCGGCGCCGCGCCUCCCGCCGAGCUGGGCGCCGAGCUGUCGGGCCGGGGCCCGCUGAAGGAGAGCGAGGCCGGCUUCCAGGUGGAGCACCAGUGCCUGGGCAAGUGCCAGGGCCUGUUCCUGCCCCAGUUCUACACGCAGCCCGAGGCGUCCUGCGUCCAGUGCGUGGAGUGCCACCUGCUCUUCUCGCCGCAGAAGUUCGUCAUGCACUCGCACAAGUCGCCCGACAAGAGGACGUGCCACUGGGGCUUCGACUCGGCCAAGUGGCCUUGCUACCUGCAGCUGGCCAGGAAGUACCAGGGCUCGCCCGAGGAGGCCAAGCUCAAGCGGCUGCUGGACGAGGUCAAGGACAAGUUCCACUAUCAGCUCAAAAAGACGCCCGCCAAGAAGGCGACUGCAGGGGAUGAAGACCAGGAGAACCAGGCUCGCAAAUCCUCCGGGGACCUCUGCUCCUCCGACGGCAAAUUGGCUGAAGCCGACCCAACGGGCAAGGGUAAAACAUCUCCAACUGUGGUGUACAAUCAGCUUUUUCCAGACAUCAAGGAGGAGCCUGGACACCCAGCCCUGGUCCAUCCCAGUUACUACCUGUACACGUACGACAAGAUGGUGGCUCCCAACGUGUCCCUGCGCAGGCAGGCGGAGAUGAGCCCCGAGAUGCUCGGCGCGCUGCUCAAGCACCACUACGGCCGAGGGCCGCCGCUCCACGACGAGCCGCCGAUGGAUCUUCACACGUCGCCUCCGCUGGCUGAGGAGGCCAAAUCCCAACACGGCGGCGAGCGGGAAUGCCAAGCCCAGGCAGUUUCCAUGGAGACGAGCAGCCUGAGCGGCAAGAUAGCCGCCCGCACUCGCGGCCCUCCUCCUCAUCCCGGAUCGCCGCCGCCGCACGAGGAAGCGGGAUGCGGCGGGAACGUGGCGGAGGACGACAAGGACAGGAUCGUGGUGGAGAUUAUGCAGAUGUACGGCAGGCAGCAGGAGAAACUCAACUCCACCCUGCACAAGCAGCUGCAGCUGGAGAUGGAACUGGAGGCGCUGCGCGGCGGCGAGGCAGCGCGUCUGCGCGAGCUGAGCGCCGAGCAGCGGGAGCUGCGCACCGAGCUGGAGGCUGUGCACAGCGAGCAGGCGCGCCAGCUGGGCCAGGCCCGCCAGGAGCAGCUGGAGCUGGAGGCCCGUCUGGAGCUGCUACGGCAGCAGGCGUGUGCCUGCGAACCCGCUGCCCAGCGCCAGCAGGAAGCGCACUACGUCGCGCAGUUGUCGGAGCUCCGCCAGAGGCUGGAGCGCGCCGAGGCCGACCGGCAGGAGCUGCAGGACGAGCUGAGGCGGGAACGGGAGGCUCGGGAGAUCCUGGAGCGCGCCAUCAGCCAGCUCAAGCAGCAGAUGGGCCGGUCGAGCACCGCCUUGCCCGCCGGUGCCAGCCCCUCGCCCCCCCUCACCCCGUCCACCGGACCCCCCAACGCCCAUUCGCCAACCUCCUCCUCCCCUUCCUCCUCCCCUUCCUUCUCAGAGGCCCCAAAGUAACUGGCGCCUCUCCUUCGCUUUCAAUCUUGGACUUUUCUAAUUUAACAUGAAAAAAUUUUGUCUUUUUUUUUUAUUAUUAUUCUCCUCCUCUCAACAAACAGUAUUUAAAUACUUUUUUUUGCUUUGUUUGUUUGGGAUGUGAUUUUAAGUUAUAGCCUUUUAACAGACACCACAACCGCCACCGUUCACGCUGCUUGGGUCGCAUCCCCUUCACGCACCUGCUCAAAUCUCGUCUGAGAGCAACGUGAACUCGAGAUGCACAUUGCCCACCUCGCUUUACGAAGCCGUCCUCCCUCCGCAACACUGUGCCCCCCCCCCCCCGACCCCACCCCAGAUGAAAAGAACAUGCGCUCCUUUUUUAGUGAACUCGACUUGACUGAGCGCCCUGGAGUCGUCGCCCCCUCUGGGACAGGAAUGCACGUGAGCUGUGUUUCCAUUUGAUUUUUUUUUUUUUUUUUUUUUUUGUGGUUUUGUUUUGUUUUCUGUGAAGAAAAUGAAGGCAGCUUUUGAUAAUAACACAACCAGGUCACUGUUGACAGCAGUUACUUUGUGCCGACUGAACAAACAGCGAAAGGAAGAGGGGUGGCGCACCGAGGGUGGGGUGGGGACUAACCCCGGGACGCGAACUUCACCGAGCGCCCCUCCAACGCUGCACCAGCUUCGGACAACGCCACUUUCAUUCACGUCGCCAGGCAAAAAGUGCUUUUUUUAUUGCCUCUAAUGAGAUCCCUCUAACCCGGUGUGUACGUGAGCGAGAAUGCGUGUGUAAAUAAUGAUUGAAAUGAGGAAAAAGGAGCGUAAAAGGCGGGGGUGUUAACUUUUUAUGCAUCGACUACAAAUGCAAAUUGAUAAGACAUUCCACUGUGCUCCAUUUCAUAGGCAGAUUAUGAGGACAGUCCCAAGUCGUCAAUGUUGUUGGGGGGAUGGGGGGGGGCUUUUAUGAAAAUAUUUAACAUAAUAUUAAACUAAGGAUUUCUAUUCACUUUGUACAUACACUAGCCAUUAAUAUAUUAAAGCUUCAUCUUUGUCUAUGGUAAAUCUUUUUGGAGGUUAUAUAUGAAUCGGUGCGGGGGAGAAAAAAAAUAUUUUGCUUGGGAUCUUUGCAAAAAAAUAUGCAAAUUCGUCGAGCGGAUGUGGAGGAAAAAUGUGUUUCAUGUCACACUCUUAUUUUAAUUUAUUUUAUUUUUUUGGGAGCUGGCGCAAAAAGGAAAAUUUAAAAAAACUUUCUGCCACUUUUUCUAGGAACUCGCCAAAGGACGUACUUAAAUGUAUGGGGGGAGAAAAAAAACAUUUUUCUGGACAUUUGUGGCCUUUUUCUGCUGAGAUUUUUAUAAUUAAUGCCAGGCUGGAUUAUAUCAUAUACGAUGCUGGGGCCACAGGUGUAAUGUGAAAAUUCAUGAAUAAUAGUUUGCAGAAUUACAUCUUGGAUUAUAAAAACAAAAUAACAAAAAUAUGAAUAUAUAUAUAUUUUUUGCAUGUUUCUCUGCCCCUCAUAUUUGUGUAAAAAAAAAAAAAUGCUCCCACCAAUAAAAUAAUAAUAAUAAUGAGCCACUGAGGCUCAUGUGCAUGAACCUGUACAGUUUUUUUUUUUUUUAAAUAUAUAAAUAUGAAAGGUCAGUGUGAAUGAAUGUGUGAGUGGAUUUGUACACUCUUGACGCCACUGAAUUUAUAUUCAGUAUUAGUUUAUUUUUGUUUUAAUUCAGCAGAACAAGAUUACAUUUAUACACGGGGGGGGCUGCUGUUUGAGGAUGAAGUGAAAGGGAAGCCCCCCCCCUUGCCCCUUCUUUAACGCGAGUCGACAUUUUGCAGUGUUACACGAAAUGCUUUUGUACAGUCUCUUUGUCUUUUCUUUUCACACCCCCAUGACGACAAAUCCGCCGUCAGGGUUUCACACAAUGUCGCUGCAACGCGGGAUGUAUUCUGUACAUAAAGAGAUGCUUUAAAAAAAAUAUUAUAUUAAAAAAAAAAAAGACGGGAGUUGGGAAUUCGCAGCAACAAUGACAAUCGGCGACCUCCCUAAAAAAACGGGCCCCCCCUGUCUUUUUUUUCCCCACCUCAGCCACAUGCUUUUAUCGUACACCCCCCCCCACCCCCGGCACUGGUGGGCGACAAAUAGGUACAUUGUGUUUUCAUUUGUACACUUUUGAAAAACAACAAAUAUAUAUUCAUGCCCCCCCCCACGCCGCCACACAAUGCUGAAACAUGACUCGCGGUGUCCGUGUAUGAAUAUGACCAUUGCCAAUAACCAUGUGAUGAGAAUCUUUGUUCUUUGCAUGACUUGAGACACUGAUCUCCUACCUCAUGUUGUGAUAUAUAUAAAUACAAAUCUAUAUCUAUAAAAAGAUGUUUUUUUUAAAUGCAAAGGAAACUAACGGUUAAAUCAUUUAAUAUCGACGAGUACAUGACCUGACUAUACUAUACUAUAUGCUUUUCAGCUCUAUGAUACCUCACUUGUAUCUUGGUGUUUUUUUGUUUUUUUUUUUGGGGGGGGUUGUUUUUAUUUUCCUGUUCUUUGCGCAUAUUUUGAUUUGACACCUUGUACAUAUGAUGUUGUGUAUAGACAAUGAACUUGGAUCUAAUUCAAGUAAAGUUCUGUAGUGUUCAGCCAUC